AUGCCCAGGAGAGGGUGUCACCUGGGCAAGCCCGACGGCGUGUUGAUUCCCAGGAUCGCCGCCUUCCCGGGUCUGGGCCUCCGAGACCCGAGCCCGAUCGCGCUCACCUGUUCCCCAGGCGCGGCCCCGGGGAGCCCUGAGACGCUCCCGGGACCGCUGCUCUCCCUUCAACUCCACAGCCAUGAGCAAGUUGGGCAAGUUUUUUAAAGGGGGAGGCUCUUCCAAGAGCCGAGCUGCUCCCAGCUGCCAGGAAGCCCUGGCUCGACUUCGGGAGACAGAAGAGAUGCUGAGCAAGAAACAAGAGUACCUGGAAAAUCGAAUCCAGAGGGAGCUCAGCCUGGCCAAGAAGCACGGCACGCAGAAUAAACGAGCUGCAUUACAGGCACUAAAGAGAAAGAAGAGGUUUGAGAAGCAGCUCACUCAGAUUGAUGGCACACUUUCUACCAUUGAGUUCCAGAGAGAAGCCUUGGAAAACUCACACACCAACACGGAAGUGUUAAGGAACAUGGGCAUUGCAGCAAAAGCCAUGAAAGCAGUUCAUGAAAACAUGGAUCUGAACAAAAUAGAUGAUUUGAUGCAAGAGAUCACAGAGCAACAGGAUAUUGCCCAAGAAAUCUCAGAAGCGUUUUCUCAACGAGUUGGAUUUGGCGAUAACUUUGAUGAGGAUGAGCUGAUGGCAGAACUUGAGGAACUGGAGCAGGAAGAAUUAAAUAAGAAGAUGGCAAAUAUCCGACUUCCAAAUGUGCCUUCCUCCUCCCUCCCAGCACAGCCAGACAGAGUACCAGGUCGCAUGUCAAGCACGUCCUCCUCUGCACAUCGAUCCCGAGCAGCAUCUUCCAGGAGGGCAGAAGAAGAGGAUGAUGAUAUCAAACAAUUGGCAGCUUGGGCCACUUAAAACAGAAUGUUUGGACACCGAAAUUAAUGAACUGUACAUAAGACACAAAAAAUGUUUUUGCCAAAUAUAGAAGUUAACAAAGAUUCUGUUUUAUAUUUAUACUGGAUGAAUAAUUGUCUUUUAAGCCUCAUAGGUAAAAGUUAAAAAAGGAGUCAUGUGUAGAUUUAGGGUCCGGGAUGGAAUGGGACUUCCUGGUAGCAUUUUGGAGGAUCUCUCCAUACUGAUGGGAGGGGGCAUUCUACCUUGUUCACUAUUGUAUUAUUUCCAGUCCUGGCACAUAGUUGGUACUCUCUAUAUAUUUGUUGAAAGAAAACUGAAUUCUAUGAACAUAUAAAACAUAUAACAGUUUAUAAGCAACUUAAGAGUGAUGUGUUUAGGAAAGAUGGGGAAAGUAACUUUCUUUCCUAUGAGAAUGCAAGUUUGCUGUGUGUAUCCAUGUUGUAGCCCAGGAUGAAUGUAUAAGAAACGUAUCUCAUAGGAGACACGUUUGUAGAGAAGUCUUGUGUGAGUCUAUACAUAAGUAGUUUCACUUGAGUUUUGCAGUUUAAAAUCUUAAAGGAGUUUUAAUUGACAUUUAUUAUGCCAAUUAAGCUUGGAAUGGGACAAUGGAUGCAUUUCCCAAAAUGUCUGAAACCACUAACAGCUUACACUGCUGAGCGAGAAUCUCCUGGGUGUAAUUCAGUCACUUAGGGGGCUGCAUUAACAUUCCCAGUCCAUUAUGAUGCUGUUAUGGCUUCAGCAUGCUAAAUGUGUGAAUAUUCAUUCUUUUCUGUUUUGUGCUCUCUUGUACAUUUAUUUAUACUUUACAUCAUAUUCCUUGUAAAUAUGUAAAAAUAUAGGAAAUUAAAAGUAUAUCUUGAAUAAAGUUUUGGCCAUAAUGAUUUUUAAGUGAAAGUACAACAUUAGGUAUUGUCCAUAAUGGUUCAUAGACCAUAAAAUGACAAAUGUCAUUAUAGAAAAUGAUCUAGUAAUUCCCCACAUUUGCUUAGGGAAUACAAGGUCUAAUGGGAUGGAAAAAACACUAGACCUGGAGGUCGGAGUUCUGGAUUCCAUCUCCUGCUCUGACACUAACACAGUACAACUAGGCAAGUCAUAAACUCUUGUGUCUUGCCUUUGUGUCUUCACUGGGAAAUCUAAGGGUUGGACUUGAUGAUGUCUAAUGGUUCCAUCUUGCCACAGGCCUUUUGCACAUGCUGUUUUUUCUUAGCAGUCUUCCCACCCUCCACAACACAGAUACCACAUCUUACUUAUUCCUUAAAUCUUAGAGUGUCCUUUGUUUUGGUAAACUUUUCCUGAUUGCACAGACUAAAUCAAGUCUCCCUGUUAUAUGCUUUUGUAGCACUCUGCUUUC